CAAAGACUGAAGGAAGAGAAGGAAGCCAAGCGUGCUCACCUGGAUGGGAGGCAUGGCUAUCUAUUUGCAAUCGUAGCUUCCUGUUUGGACCUGAACAAAACCACAGUGGAAGAUGCUAUUCUUGAGGGGAAUCAGAUUGAAAGAAUUGAUCAACUUUUUGUUGUUGGAGGUCUCCGUCACCUCAUGUUUUACUAUCAAGAUGUGGAGGUAACAGAAACAGGACAACUUGGCUGUCCAGGAGGGGUAAAUCUUGUUUCUGGAAAGAUGAAGAAGCCCAGGGUGUUUGUGACUGAGGGAAAAGACGUUGCUCUUACAGGAGUGUGUGUAUUCUUCAUCAGGUCUGACCCAUCCACAGCCAUCACAGCUGAGAACAUCCACCGGGAGGUGAGCUUCAACAUGUUAGAUACGGCAGAUGGGGGCCUGUUAAACAGUGUGAGACGUUUGCUCUCAGACAUCUUCAUUCCUGCCCUGCGAGCCUCGAGCCACAACUGGGGUGAGCUCGAGGGUCUUCAGGAUGCAUCUGGCAUUCAGCAGGAGUUCUUGAGCUCUCUGGAAGGUUUUGUGGGAAUCCUGUCAGGUGCACAGGAGAGUUUGAAGGAGAAGGUGUACCUUCAAAAAUGUGACAUAUUUGAACUGAAAACCUUGAAGGAACCUCUGGACUACUUGACUCUAGCUAGUAACCCUGAGACUUUGGAAAAAGUAGAAGGCUGUAUGAAAGUGUGGAUCAAACAGACAGAACAGAUCCUUGCUGAGAACAAUCAGCUACGGAAGCAAGCAGAUGACGCUGGGCCCCGAGCAGAGCUGGAGCACUGGAAAAAAAGGCUGUCCAAGUUCAACUACCUCUUGGAUCAACUGAAAAGCCCUGAAGUGAAGGCCGUGCUGGCGGUCCUUGCGGCUGCCAAGUCCAAGCUUCUGAAGGUUACUUGGCGGGAGACAGAUAUUCGAAUCACUGAUGCAGCUAAUGAAGCGAAGGACAAUGUCAAAUAUUUGUACACACUUGAGAAAUGUUGUGACCCUUUGUACAACAGUGACCCUAUAUCUAUGACUGAUGCUAUCCCUACACUUAUAAAUGCAAUUAAAAUGAUCUACAGUAUUUCUCAUUACUAUAACACCUCCGAGAAGAUUACAUCUCUGUUUGUAAAG